AUGUCUCAUUCUACAAGUAAAGGAUUAAUAUUUGGCAUCAUGAUGGGGACUGCCGGAGUAAGCUUGAUCAUAGUGUGGUACCAAAAAAUUCGUAAACCUGGCACAACAAUGAAUUUGUCUAAAUUUCUGUCAUUGAGCAAUGAAUUUCAUUCAAUUGAUUUGCAAGAUACAGUUCAUAAAGAAAAAGGAACAGUAGUGGUGUUACAGCAAAGUCAGUUUCAGAUACUGGAGAAAUUAAAUGAUUUACUGAUGAGUGUGGAAGAGCUCAAAGAAGAAAUCAGAUUCCUUAAAGAAGCUAUUCCAGAGUUGGAGAAACAUGUACGAGUUGAGCUCCAAGGGAAGACGGCUAUCCACAAAAUAAGUCCUCAGCAUCGAGCACUUAGAAAGAGAAAAGCCGAAACAGGUGGGGGCAUCUCAACCAACAACAGUUCAGAAGAGGUGGAAAGUGAAGGAGGGUAUGUUACAGCUCAGAGUGACACUGAAAAAGAGCAUUUAGCUGGCCAUAAGGCAAAUAAGAAAACAGCAAAGAGAUUGAGCUUGUCUAAUCUUAUUCAGAGGUCUGAUGACUUGCAUUUAAGAAGUGAUUCUGAUAAACAGGAAAGUUUUGAUCUCCUAAGAAGCUAUAAAAAUAAGUAUAAAAGUGAAACUGAGUUUAUUUGGAGAUUAACUAGAGCUUAUGGAGAUAUGUGUGAUCUAGUCACAGAUAUAGAACAAAAGAGAAAAUAUGCUUCUGAAGGAAAAGACCUAGGUGAAAGAGCAAUUUCUCAGGCUCCCAACAAUGGAUAUUGUCACCUAUGGUAUGCUAAUUUGUGUGGCUGUGUAGCUGAGUGUGGGGGAUUACAAAAUAAAAUCCGAUAUGGCCAGCUUUUUAAGAAACAUCUAGAUAGAGCAAUUGAACUUAUACCUGAUGAACCCUUUUUGUAUUACCUCAAUGGAAGAUACUGCUAUUCUGUUUUCAAUUUGAAUUGGAUGGAGAAGAAAAUGGCCUCAGUUCUUUUUGGCAUGAUUCCAACUUCGACUUUAGAGGACGCUUUGAAAAAUUUCCUGAAGGCUGAAGAGUUAAAACCUGGAUAUUCCAAGUACAACUAUGUAUAUUUGGCAAAGUGCUACAAAGAUCUUGGGCAAAAAGAAAAGGCUUUGAUGUAUUGUGAUUUUGCUUUCCUGCUUUGUUCUCUUAACAAAAAUGAUCAUCAGGCUGAGAAGGAGUUGGAAAAUUUAACCAAUUCUUUAAAGAAUUAGGAAUAAGACAUUUUGCUUCAGCAAACCAGAUGCAGCAACUUUAAAAUACAACUGAUGAAAAUUCAACUGGCCAACUAUGCAAUCUUUAAUAUCACAUUAUGUAUUUCUAUUUUAAUUUGGGAGAAUGUAAUUUAGAAUUAGAGAGUGAUAUCUCCACCCUGGUGGUGAAGAAAAGUGUUUUCUAAAUGCAUUCCAUGACUGGCAGAAUCAAAAAGCUAAUCAAUCAUGUUAUAGAAAGACUCCAUGAAAAUUGCAAUAUCAAAACCAAAUUAUUUCUAACAAUGUUGUCUUUGUAUAUAUGAUGUUCUAUUUCCUAUUGACUAAUCAAUACCAAUAUAUCCUUCAGAGUCUUUCUCCAAAAAGUAAAAUAAAA